UACGCGGAUGAAACCGGAUGAGAAAAAAAAACGCUUGACAGUAAACACCAUCGGGUGCCACCGACACAAUAAAGGUGGUCUGUGCAGUAUUUAUAUCAGCUUAUUGUCAUCAAUGAUACAUUUAUAUCCAGGAGGAGUCGUUUGAGUUGCGGGGAGCUGUUUGGAAAAUGGAGCAUAUCCGAACGCCAAAGGUGGAGCAGGUGCGGCUGUUGGAUCGCUUCAGCAACAAAUCCACCAACGGCACUUUGUAUCUCACAGCGACACACCUCAUAUUUGUAGAGAGCACCUCCAACAACUCACCAACAGCCACUCACGAGAUAUGGAUCUUGCACCAUCACAUAGCCUCUGUGGAGAAGCUGUCCCUGACCACCUCAGGCUGUCCUCUGGUUAUUCAGUGUCGUAACUUCAGAGUUGUUCACUUUGUGGUGCAGAGAGAGAGAGACUGCCAUGACAUCUACAGCUCGCUGCAGCACCUUCUACAGCCUGUUGCCUAUGAGGAUCUCUACGCAUUCUCCUACAACCCCAAACAGAACGACCAGCAGAGAGAGGAAGGAUGGCAGCUCAUCGACCUGGGGGCAGAGUUUGAGAGGAUGGGUGUCCCCUGUGACCAAUGGCAGCUUACCGACAUCAACAGAGACUACAAGAUUUGUGAAACAUAUCCUCGUGAGCUAUAUGUUCCGAUCACUGCCAGUAAACCGAUCAUUGUGGGGAGUUCCAAGUUCAGAAGUAAAGGACGCUUUCCUGUGCUCACAUACUUCUACCAAGAGAAGAAGGCAGCAGUGUGUCGAUCCAGCCAGCCUCUGUCUGGGUUUAGUGCACGAUGCCUGGAGGACGAGAGCCUUCUGCAGGCCAUCAGCAAGGCCAAUCACAACAGCCGAUUUCUGUACGUCAUGGACACUCGGCCGAAGUUGAAUGCACUCGCUAACCGAGCAGCAGGCAAAGGCUACGAGAACGAAGACAACUACUCCAACAUCCGCUUCCAGUUUGUAGGCAUCGAAAACAUCCACGUAAUGAGGACCAGUCUGCAGAAAUUACUCGAAGUUUUAGGGACUCGGUCUCUGUCCAUGAGUGACUACCUGGUUGGGUUAGAGAGCAGUGGCUGGCUGCGGCACAUCAAAGUCAUAGUAGACGCAGCAAUUUUCCUUGCAAAGGCGGUGACGGUGGAAGGAGCCAGCGUGUUAGUCCACUGUUCAGAUGGAUGGGACAGAACGGCCCAGGUCUGCUCCUUGGGGGCGCUGCUCAUGGAUCCGUACUACCGAACCAUCAAGGGCUUCAUGGUGCUGAUAGAAAAAGACUGGAUCUCCUUUGGCCACAAGUUUGCAGACAGAUGUGACCAGUUGGACGGGGAUCCAAAGGAAGUGUCGCCGAUCUUCACUCAGUUCCUUGAGUGCGUCUGGCAGCUGAGUGAGCAGUUCCCACAGGCGUUUGAGUUCAGCGAGUGGUUCCUGCUUCAGAUCCACGAGCACGUCCACUCUUGUCAGUAUGGCAACUUCCUGGGCAACAGUCAGAGACAGAGGGAGGAGCUUCUGCUGAGAGAGCGCACUCACUCACUGUGGGCUUUUCUACUGAGCGAACAACAGAUCUACUUGAAUCCGUUCUACAGUCCUGCGUAUUCUGAAGUGCACCCCGUGCUGGAACCCUCUACCCUGCCAUACCACUUCAAGUUCUGGAGGAACAUGUACCACCAGUUUGAUCGGUCCAUGCAUCCGCGCCAGUCGAUCCUGAAAACCAUCCUGACUCUGAGGGAGAACAGCUGCAAGACGGAGAGCACGCUGCAAGCACUGCAGAGUAGGCUCCACCAACUUGGAGUGACCCCUGUUGUGCCCUCUGACCCUCCUGCAACUCCUCCCACCAGAGAUCAGCGCUCCUCAUCAAAGCCCAUCGCUCUUCCACCGCGUCCCGACUCCCUCAUCCUGGGAGCACCCAUUAGCCAGAAGGAGGUGCAGCAACAAGAAGAGGAAGACGAGCAGGAGGAAGUGGGGGAGGAGGCCACGGAGAGCACUGACACAGAACGGACAGUAGAGGGCAGCAGCGGCACAGAGAGCAGGAAGCAGAGCUAUGGAGAGCUGGAGGGGAAAUACAACAGUGAUCUGGCCAAAGGAGAGCCAGCUGUUGUCAGCCUGGAGUUUGGAGUGGCACGUAUGACCUGCUGAGACAAAAUGGGAAUUGUGGAAUACCGAGGGACAGGGAAUGUGUCACGUGAUGGGAUUGCUGUUGUUGUGUAUGUGAUUAUAUAAUGGUCCUGAAAGGACGGACUGGAUGAAGGUGUGUGUCUGUAUAGUCUAAAUAAUCUCUAUGGAAAGCCCGGAUAUGUCGUUUACUGCACUUAUAGGGGAAAAAGUCAUUUUUUAUGGAUGUUGAAAAGUAUAGAAAGUUAAUGAUUACGAUGAGAGAAUAAAUUCAUCUGGAAAAA